AUGGAGUCCCUUACAGAGAGCGAAAUAGCACAGAUAGCGAGGCAGCAGAGAGAGGCAGGUGUGCAGAGGCUCAGCUGUCACUUCUCUUGGCCUGAGUUCUGCGAUGAACGGCAGUGCUUCCACCAGGAGUUUGUGUAUGACAUCGCCAUGUUCGCUGCGGCCAGUGGCUUCCCCUGGCGUCACGUGAUCCGGGCUGCUGUGAUUGCCAAAGGCAUCUUCCCUCAGCUGGACGGUCUCAAUGUACCCAAACUGUUGUCCCUGUUGAGAGACGCGCUGUCUGAAUAUUUGCCAAACCUCACCUCUGUCCACCGACACGAGUUCACCCGCUUCCUCACAGACACCUGCAUCAGCCGGCGGAGGCUUUUCCAGGCGGCAGUGAGCGGAGCUGCUAACAUGUCCAUCGCUCAGCUACACUUGGAGGUGCAGUUGCCACCCACGCCCUGUCCUCUAGCACAGGGGACAGAUUUACAUGAGUGGGAGCAUCAGCACCAACGAGGGAAGCUCACCUCAAUGUUGCGGCAGAAGGAGGAGAUGCUGCAGGGGCUGCGAGAGGGGUCAAGGGUCACUUUGGGGGAGGUUGAUGUUCCUGAAAAUGAGCAACUGGACAAAGAGGGUGUUGUGGCGUUGGUUCGUGCAGCAGUGAGGGCCACAGAGGGCCAGAUGCUGCAGAGUCUGAACCAAGAGGCGUCCCUGCUCAGCGACAUCCUGCAGCUCAGACUGCAGCAGGCGGCUCUGGCCACAGGACGGCUCCACAGUCCUGUUCUCUGUAACACAAGUCACAGCGGCGCACAUCCAGACGCAGCAGGAAAGGCGAAGCAGCACACAGCAAAAACAGGACAGAGGGAGUCUGGGCGUGCAGUGUGAAGACAGGACGUAUGAACAAGCUGGGAGUCAGCUGAGAUGAUUCCUGGAUACCUGAGGCAGCGGAAAUCCAGCCCGUACCUGUGGUGGUAGUACUGACAAAGAGAGGGAGGCAAAGCUUUAAAAGGUAAUAAGAACUUUAUUUAUGUAUUGCCUUUAAAACAGAGUUUACAUAUGCUUUGACAAACAAAGCAAAAGUAGAAAUGGGAUACACAGAGGGCAAUACCACAAAAAAAGCCAUACAGUCCUACUGAACACAAGCGAGACAAAGCUAGGGUAAAAUUAGGAGAAAAAUUAAAACAAGAGGACGA